CUCCCUCUCUCUCUCUCUCUGUCUAUUUCAGCUGAAGCUCGGCCGCACUUCUCUCACUGCUCACUGUUAAUCAGAGCAUAAACAUGGCCGCUCACCGGGUUAUCGUGUAUGGCGGAAAAGGCGCUCUGGGCUCAAAGUGUGUCCAACAUUUCAAAUCUAAUGGAUGGUGGGUUGCUAGCAUCGACAUGGCUGCAAACGACGAGGCGAACGAAAACGUGAUUGUGAAGUUGAGUGAGUCUUUCCCCGAGCAGGCAGGACAGGUGACGGCAGAUGUGGCCCGGUUGCUAGGGGAACAGAAGGUGGAUGCCAUCUUGUGUGUGGCGGGAGGAUGGGCUGGAGGAAGCUGUAGCUCCAAAGAUUUAUACAAAAACACAGAUCUGAUGUGGAAACAGAGUGUGUGGACCUCCACUAUCUCCAGCCACCUCGCCUCUCUGCACCUAAAACAAGGCGGACUGUUGACUUUGGCCGGGGCCAAAGCGGCCCUGUCGGGCACUGGAGGUAUGGUAGGCUAUGGCAUGGCCAAGGCUGCCGUCCACCAGCUGUGUCAGAGUCUUGCAGCGAAAAACAGUGGGAUGCCAUCAGGAGCUGCUGCUGUGGCUAUACUGCCGGUUACCUUGGAUACGCCAAUGAACAGGAAGUUCAUGCCUGACGCAGAUUUCAGUUCCUGGACACCGCUGGAGUACAUCGCAGAAAUGUUCUUCAAGUGGGCCGCAGGAGAGAACCGGCCCGCUUCAGGAAGCCUGAUGCAGCUACUGACCUCCGGAGGUGAAACCCAGGCUGUCCCAGCGCAGUAGAGGACAGAGUGAAGCUGUGGAGAUGGUGACAGGGGGUUGGAAGGGGGAGAGCAAGAUGGAUGGAAGCAGAGAGAUAUAGAGUGGUAGAGAGAGGGGGAGGAGGAUAUGGGAAAAGAGAGUUAGAGAAAUAGGAGGAGUGAUGAAGAGGGUUGGAGGGCGUGGAGGUGAAGAAGAAAGAUGGUGACAGAGAGAAACUGAAUAAAAUGAGAAGCUGGAGAGGAGACGGCUAGAUGGGUUUGUUUUGGAGGGGCGGGGGGCUUUCAUUGCUACUGCAGCCUCACACCGCCAUCUAGCUGUAAAGCCCUACAAUUGUCUCACAGUCAAAAUCACUUGCUGGUUUUGAAUCCCCCUUCAGGGUGCAUUCAUCACUCUUGGGGAACAAUUUUGAGCACUUCUCCAAAAUAUUCUUUCUUCAGUGAAGUUAAAUGAGAAACAUUUAAUAUCAAAAUGUGAAAGUCUCUCUUGUUUUGGUCAGACUACAUGAAAGCAGUCGCUGAUUAAGAUGCAUAGAAUUUAUUAUCGCAUAACAUUGUAAUUCUGUAUCAUAGCAGUAUAAUUUCAAUACUUAGAUGUAUGAAAUUGCUCUUCACUUUUCCCCUAGAGUUUCUGUGUUUCACCAUAUUUUCCUUCUAUAGAGACCCCCUGUUCUCCAAAAUGACUAUCAGCCACUUCCUAGCUACACUAGCUACAGCCAUUCUCUUAAACAUCUGUGAAAUUCAACUCACAACAGUGUCAGUCCAGUGUGACAUCUGUAGACCUUUUUUAGUUUGUACUGUCUAUAGUUCCUGUAGGUCUUCUGCCACUGCGGGACCCUGAAGUCAAAGAAAGCCGCUGUUUUCUCUCAAACGGACAAUACAGUCUAAGGUAGAGUGGCCUUAUUUUAUGUUUGUAACUUUAACGUCAAAGUGUCCUUGGUGUCCGCGGUGUGAAGAAGGUGCUCUGUUCCUGUCGUGGGUUUUCUAAGUCAUGUAUUGUAACUGUGUCAAAUUCACAAUAAAAAAAAAAAUCCAAAUAAAGGAUCAGUGUUGA